GUAAUAACUUGCCACUCGGAAUAAACCGGACAGUUGGAGGCGCGUAAUUACUUUGUUUAGCCAAGUGAAUACGUCGAGGUCGUGUGGUGAGGGGUGUUGGGGAAAAUAAUAUUGCGAAAUUGGAAUUUCGCUGAUUCGUUGACGAGGAUUGGGGUAGGAUGCAAUCCAGUGCCAAUACACCUUUGGAUCUUGAUUCAGCGAGAUCUGGGUGUUGUGAUGCUGAUCGCAGGAGUGGAGAGGAUGAGCAUGAGGACAGGGAUAGGAGGCAGUUGAAUGGUCAGCCCUUGUCACUUUCCCUGGAGGAUCGCGAAUUGUGGACGCGGUUUCAGAGCAUCACUAAUGAGAUGAUCGUCACCAAGAAUGGAAGGAGGAUGUUUCCAGUGGUUAAGGUUGUCGCUAGAGGAUUGGAACCAGCGGCGAUGUACACUCUGUUGUUGGAAUUCGUUCAGAUCGAUCCCCACAGGUGGAAAUAUGUGAAUGGAGAGUGGGUGCCAGGGGGUAAAGCCGAAGUAGCUCCACCAAAUCCAAUCUACAUUCACCCGGAGAGCCCCAAUUUCGGUGCACACUGGAUGAAGGAGGCAGUGUCAUUUGCCAAAGUCAAAUUGACCAAUAAAUCCAAUGGAAAUGGUCAGAUUAUGUUGAACUCUUUGCACAAAUAUGAACCGAGAGUGCAUCUCGUACGCGUCGGGGCCGAAGAACAACGCACAGUACUCACUUACAGAUUUCCCGAGACUCAAUUUAUCGCAGUGACUGCGUACCAGAAUGAAGAAGUGACAGGUCUGAAAAUAAAGUACAAUCCAUUUGCGAAAGCAUUCCUCGACGCAAAAGAACGUCCCACGGACCAACAAACUUACCCACAAUAUACGAGCGCGUGGUUUUUGCCACAACCGGCGAUGGCCUACGAUUACGGCUCGUCCUCGAUAUCCGUCGCACCGGCCCAGGUCUCAAAUCCAUCGAGUGACCUCACCACUACCUGUACAAUAUCCUCCGGAAGUCAUAAAAGUUCGUGUAGAACAACCCCAUAUCCUGUCAGACAUAAAUACCAUCAAGAAGAUGAAAAUGCAGAUCCUUACAGUUCAGUUCCCCUCCUGCACUCAGCUUAUGUGACAACGGGUUGGUCACGGAGUCCUGAGCCAUUAUCAAUGAAUCCCAUCCCUCAAGAGUGGCCAUCGUCACCCCUUCCCUCUCCCACGUCCCCCACAGGUCCACCCUACACCCUGGGCAGAUCGCCAUCGGCGACCCCAACGACCUGCACCUUCUACAUCCCCUCAGCCCCCACCUGCAACACAUCACCCCACGAUCAUCCCCACAUCGUGGAGACGUCAACUUGGCUGCAUCCCCCAUCAGUCCCCGAUCAAGUUCAACAGCAGCAGUCAUACUUGAAUCUCAAUCUCCACCUGCAUCACCAGAUACCCACGUACUCACGAACACCUGCCCUCUCCGUACUUCAAUCAAACGAGACAGAAGUCAAUUCGAGUUCCAUCCCCUCGGGCCACGAUUAUCCACAGAGUUAUCAUCAAAAUCCGAAUCAAGGAGAACAUCAGAGUCAGUUAUUGCAGUUGCACUCCCAGGGGGCAUCCUCACCUCCUGGGGACUACGAUCCAUCAAAAAAUCAUCACUCCAUUGGCUACCAGGAGCAGAGCCAAGAGGGUGAGACUGGUGAGGACGACAGGCGAUACGUCACCACUGUUAUUGAUCAUCGUCUCAGUCAUCAGAGAAAUUCUGGAUCCAAUGACAAUCAGAGUGGCUGGACACCGCCUCCAACUGUCACUCAAAAUACAGCUCUCUGACGCGAAUCUCGUCGAUUUCACGAUGGAAUUCGUUGUGAAGUGGAUAAAACUAAACAGGAGAACAACUCGGAGCCAACGGACUUGCGAAUUAUUUCGCAAAUAUCGCAGGUGAAAGAUUUCCCGUGAAAUUUAUUGAGGACUUUGUAGAUAGCCUUGGGAGAGGGUAGGUCUUUUGAAUUUUUUUGAAAUUAAAUCAUCAAGUUUUUUCAAUCAAUCGUUGAAACUCCAUAAUCCUACAAUAGACUGUGAUUUUAUAAAUUGUUUGUUUAUUGAUAUCACUGGCUUUGGAUUAUUGUUGCUCCUCCUGGAGUUUUCGGAUCUAUUCAAUUAUUGAAUUUAUAUCCUGUUUUUCAUAAUUUCGGAAUUUCGGAAUUAUGGAAUUAUUGUUUGUAAUUCUAGAUACUCAAGUUAGACGAAUUUUCAAAGAUUAAAAGUAAUGUUAAUAUUUUGAAUAAUAAAAUUGUCGCUAGAUGUAAUAGAAAUUCCGUCCAUUUUGUCACGAAGUAGGUGAAGUUACUGUGAAUAUACUGAUGGCAUUAACAAACUGUUUUUCAUUUUUAUUAUUUACUGUUACCAUUCAACUACAACUCUGUACAUCUCGGAAAGAUCGCGUUCUCGUUCUACAGAUUCAAUCGUUAGACGUUCUUCUGAAGACUCUGCCUCAUCAGAGUUAAAAA